AAAAAGGCCGAUCGGGACAUGACAUCGACACUGCACUGCUCCAUCUACUACAUAGGAGCUUCGAAGACUGAUCGAUUUGGAGUUCGGAGACCGAGUUGCACUCGAACUGGUCGACCAAUCACUUGGCUGCAGCCUGCAGGCACCCGUGUAGAUCUACGGAUAUAUGUACGUACUGUGCUAUGCCUACACUACAGCUGUAUCAUCGUACCAGCGCCCGGUGUGACACAAGGAGUUAGGUAAACAACUCACACUCUGUGACUCUGUCACUGUCGACCGUUCCUGUCACGGUCCUACACGGAAAACUAGGCGCAGGUACUGAGGUAGUGCAAGGCCAACUGAACUCAUAACAAUAAUCAGUUCCGAACUUCGCGCACAGAAAACUAGUAAGUAAAGAGCCUUAGCAGUGUGCUUUCACCUCAGGUCUUUGACUGGUCUUGCCGGCAGUUGGCUUUCCGGAGACGCGAAGUUCCGACUUGGAUAGGUCAGGAGCAAAGCAACACAAGGUGGAAGACUUGUAUUGAACGUCCAAAUAGGAGCAGUGCACUCUUCCUGGAAAGUGUGCGUGCUUCUCGGAAUAAUGCGGCUUCGAUCACCGGCCGCUCUGCUGCUUCUGCUGACGAUAGCGGUGACAGUCAGGAGAGCGUACACUACCGACAACAUUAAAAUUAAUGAGGUAAAUUCCCACCAACCAGGUGAAGACACAUCCGAGUACAUCGAAUUGAAAGUAUCUGGCGGAGCUCGAGUGGAUACAAGCAAUGCUACAAGUACGACUCCUGAAGCCGCUAAUACUAGUAAUACUACACUCAGUGCAUUGUAUGCAUUGGACAAUUACGUCAUUGUACUUUACGACGGUCGCACUGGACUAUCGUAUAGGUCAAUUUCCUUGAACGGAUAUCGGACAAACGGCAGUUAUUUUGUAAUUGGUAUGACUGAAGUAAUUCCCAGCCCAGAUCUCAUUAUUGAAGGAACGUUCCUGCAGAAUGGCGACCAGAGAGACAAUCCCGAUGCAGUCGCAUUGUACUUGGGAACAGCAGAAGAAUUUCCGCUUGGAACCCAGGCCCAUAGCCGAAGACUAGUGGAUGCAGUUGUCUACAACAAAUUCUCUCCCAGAGGAAAUCCAUUUCUGGAGAACACCCUGUCACCUCUCAAUGGCAUAGUGCAUGAAGUGGAUGCGUACGUAUCUGGUGCAUUAGUUGACUUGGCCAUUAGCAGGUGCCCCAGUUCAUCUGUCCCAUUUGAAUCUCUAAUCCUCACUCUACCUACACCUGGCUAUGAAAACAACUGUACUGCAUAUAACCCAGCUGGUGCCAAUGAUGUGCCAUGCCCUGGGUUCCCCAGCGACACCAAGAUGCAGAAUCCAUUGACUCCUCCCGUUGUUGAAAGCAGCAUUGUGAUCAAUGAACUCAGUGCUGACUCGCCACAGCUGGACACAGAAGAGUUUGUGGAGCUGUACGAUGGAGGUCGAGGAAACACCAGCUUGUCAGGCAUUACCAUAGUUUUCUUCGAUGGAUCCUGGCCAGACAAUCGUGCCUACUCUGCAAUUGAUCUGUCGGCAUACAGAACAAACUUUGAAGGGUAUUUUGUCAUUGGCUCCGAGCAGGUGUUUCCCACUCCAGAUCUAGUUGUGUGUGACCAUUUCAUCGGCAAUGGUCCAGAUGCGGUGGCACUGUACUCAACCCUAUUGCCUAAUUCAUCGGAACCAAGUGCUUGGUUGAAUGAAUCUGUUCCAACAAGGAGUGGUUUGCUGGAUGCCAUCGUAUACAGCCGGGGUAGAGAGGUGGACUCGGAGCUACUUUCAGUUUUGUUGCCCGGCCAGAGACAACUUCAGGAAAGAGAUCUUGUCAGGCGGAGCAGUAAUAUUGAGGUGUCACUGAGUCGAUGUGAAUCACUGCGGCGCCUGCAUCAAGAUGCUUUCCAAGUUACUACAAUCACUCCCGGGUCACAGAAUAACUGUACACGUAGUGGUACACAAUCACCUACACUGCUUAGUACUCUAGUCCUGUCUGAAGUACUCCCAGGAUCAUCUAUUAGCUACAUUGAAAUUUCUGAUGGCGGUGUUGGGCUCAUCUUACUGUCUGGAGUUUCUCUUAAGAUACGAGUGGAUGAUACCAUCUUUGUAGUAGACCUGUCGCAGUACAACACAGAUCUAGCUGGUUUCCUUACAGUGGGCUCUUAUCCUGAUGCUGACGUUGUCACUGCUCCAAUGUCUUUUGGAAGCAGUGGUUCCAUACAAGUACUGCAGAAUGGUGUAUCACUGGAUGAAGUGCAAUACCGGACAACUGCAAAUGGCAACAGAGCUCACUUGUAUGCCCCUGCUGGAUUUUCACUAAGCCGAUGCUUUGGCACAGGGAUAGCGGUGCAGUAUCAAGGCGCUUUUGUGUCAAGCCAAAGGACUCCAAGGGAGCCAAAUCUCUGCGGGAAUGUGUCCAUCAAUGAAGUCAACGCCAUCCCGUCCACUAGCUCUCUUGUCUCUUCCCAAUUCAUAGAACUAUUCAACGACAAAGGAAACGAAAUUCCUCUAGCACAAUACACAUUGGUGAUUACCGAUAAACAAGGGAGAACGUUGAAAGAAUACCCCUUGCUAAACUUUACUACAAGCAGCUCGGGGUUCUUCUCACUGGCGACCAGAGCUGUGCUUGGUAAUUCAGCUCUAAUCGAAUCCUUUGAUCCUCUAUCUGCAAGACUUAUCAUCCUUAAACGGUACCCUAUGGAUGUACCUGUAAGCAUAUUCACAAUAGCUCAAUCUGACACUGGGCGAGAAGUCAAUUCGAUCGUUGAUAUGAGUGUUAGUACGUGUUCUAAUUAUUUCAAUGGAGAUGUGAGGACAGUUCUUGCAAGACCAACUGCGGGACUACCAAACGACUGUGGGAGUAAAGUCAAUUACCCUACUCCUUCAAACAUGCUCAUCAACGAAAUUGAUGCCAAUCAACGAGGGCCUAUUGAUGCAGCAGAAUACAUCGAGCUACGUGGUGAACCAAACUCACCCCUCGAUGAUCUACAGCUCGUCAUAUACCAGGGACUGCCGACGCCGACUAUUUCUGCUGCAUACACACUUGAGGGGUACACAACAAACUCUAAUGGUCUUUUUGUCCUUGGUGCUGAAGGUUGUAGAUGCAGCCGUGAUUUGCAACUGCUAAGCAAUCUCCCAGAUAGAACCAGUGGUAUAGCUAUUUACCAAGUGCCGCCUUCCUGGAUAACUCUUUCAGCACAAGCAGCCCUUCCUCCAUCUGAGUACUUGGUGGAUGCAGUUGUCUACCAUGCUCGCAGACUUAUUCAGCAACAACCUGAGCAACUUCUUGAUCUUCUGCUGCCAUGCCAGGAGCUUAUUGUCGAGAGAACGAGGUUUUCCCUUUCCAGAUGUCACUCGUCUCAGCCUCGGAAUACAUUGGCAUUUGUCAACACCGGUACAACGCCGGGUGCUCCGAACAUCUGCCCUGCAGCUUCACCCUUGCCUUCAACCACUACCAAUGUCCCCUGCACUAGAAUACCAACAGCAGCACCUACAACAUACCAUACCUCCUAUGUGGAUACAACAGGCACAACUGUGACCCCAACUGUCACGAACAGUCGUAACACGGAGAUGGCGACCCCGAGCCAAAGUCAACACCGAGCGCAAUCUGAAAGCGGAGGUAUUUCAAGCGGUGUGGUUGUUGCCAUAGUGCUCACUUGUGCCGGAGUUGCUCUUUUGGCUUUGAUACUUCGUCUACUCUGGGCCAAACUGAAACGAAGCCCAUGUCCAAGCAGAGGUCUGGGCCAGGCACCCCGUCAGAUUUCAGUUCAUCCCUUCGACAUUGCCCCGUUACCUCCGACAGGUGCUGACGGUGAUGAUGUGGCAUUCAUGAAGCUUGAGGAACCACUCUCCGGUAGGAGUGAAUCUAAUGGCGAGAUCCUAGACUACGACACAAAUGAAAAAGUUAGAUCAGACACGUUCUUUGGUAACGCGUAGAGCUCGGUGUUACGACUAUUAGAAGAGCAGCCCAUGACAACCCACGUGAAUUGAUGGCAGUGUUAUUUUGUGGUGGCUCACCUUGUGGGACUAGUUUUGGUGCGAAUACCAUACACAUACAGACAUAGAGCUAUGGCACAUUUGAGGAUACACUCCUUCUUCAAGAAUAUCUUGACCUGGUGGCUGUUAGAUAUGUGUGUCAGGGCUUCCGAGAGCUGGAUAGUUAGCUGAUGACCUUCAUUGAUUCCCUCUGGAACAUAUACAGUUAUUAGGGGUAAGUUAUAGGCAACCAGAAGUUUCAAAACCUGAGAAUUAUUAUGCCGUUGGCUGCAUUGAUAAAAUUGAAUUGAGUUGUGCUUUGUGCUGAAGAGUAGCUGCCUAUGCACUUGCAUUUUAACCAAUCCGAGGCUAGACCCUUACGAAGGUUUGACAUUUUCAACACUGACUCUAUUGGUUUUCAAUUUGACUUUCCGUUUUCUGGUAGCAUUCCUGCAUUGAAAUCAGAAAAGCUUGUCUAUCUAAA